AUGAGUGUUGAUGCGUUAUUCGCUUGGGAUUGCGAAACGUAUUCAGAAAAAGACACGCGAAGAGCAAUUCCAUAUUGUUGCACUUUGGUCAAUUUGGAAAAACUAAGAAAAAUGUUAAACAGAAUAAAUAAUCUAUUUCCAGAUUUAAAGCCUACAGAUCCCAUUUCCAGAAGAAUUUACAACAAACUCAUGACUAAUAUAGUAGAAAUAUUUGUAGGUACAGAUUGCAUCGAUCAAAUGUUGAAAUAUUUAGGUCAAUAUGAUAGAAAGAGAUUAAUAUUAAUUUCUCAUAACGGCAGUGGAUUCGACAACUGGAUCGUGCUUAAAAAUGCAAAAAAACUAACGCAUUGCCCUUUAAAAACACCCAGAGGAAUUCUAUCUUUUCCUUUAUCUAAUCCAUACACGGAUGAAGAUUUACAGAAAAAAUGGAAAAGACAGAAAGAAAUAAAGGGUAAUUAUUUACAACAUAUUAAUUUCACGUGUUCCUAUCAACACGAAUCCUCUAGUUUGGCUGCAUGGGGAAAUUCUUCCAAUCUUCCCGCGAAUUUGAGAAAGAUUGCCGACGUAGAUAUCGCUAAAUACACGCAAGACACCUGGGAGGAAUUGAGACACGAAUGGGAACCUUACGCCAAGAGAGACACUCUCUGUUUGGGAGCUUGUUUGAUAAAAUACAACCAAGUCACGAAAGAAGUUGUAAACCAGAAUAUGUCCAAUAAUCUAACGGCUCCAUCUUUAUCUUUAAAGGGUUGGUAUUAUUUAUAUCAUUACGAUAAAGAAACGGUGGAAGAAGAAUGGUAUAAAACUACUAGAAUGGUUGCGAAACAUAUCGAAAAAGAAAAUAUAGAAAAAGUUUAUUCGCAUACAAAUCCUUUUAUAAGAAAUUUUAUCAGACGAUCUAUUAAAGGAGGAAGAGUUUCGGCAAAUAGAAAAUCAUUUGAAACGAACAAAAUGGAUGAAAUUUGUAACGUAUUAAAGGAAUAUAUUUCGCAAACAGAAAGUAAUAACAUAAUUGAUUUAAUCAAAGAAUACAGCGCAAGCACAAAAGACAAAACGGAGGUUCAUUCGAGACUUAAAAAAAUAGAAUGUACUAAACUAAUGGCAUUUGAUGCUAACGGUUUAUACGCUUCCGCCAUGUCGGAUUUAGACAGUGAAUAUCCGAGAGCGGAAAGUGGAAGACCGUUUCUACCAGAAGAAGAAAAAGAAUUUGUAAAACUCUUCAAUAAACAAAAAUUCAGACCUAGAACAGCUAUUUUAACAGUGUGGUUUGACUAUCCCAAAAACAUGUUCUUCCAACCGAUUCCAGCUAAAGAUAAAAUCACUUUCACGAAUAAAGAAGGUAAAAAGGAAACUGGUAACAAAAUCAGGUUCAGAAAUGGUUUCUGUCACGACGUUUUAACAUCGGUCGAUAUCAAGAAAUAG